UUCUCAACCGGCAUUUUAAAACACCGUGGUUGCACAGGUGAGCAGUGCCUGUUCGUAAGGGAAAGGCGAAUGUGUUUAUGCUUAAUAUGGAGAUACGGUGUGUUCCGGCGGUUUGUUUCCUUUGAACUACUACCUGGACCGCUCUGGGGGAAUACCGGGCUUGGCUGGAGCAGAAAUUGCCCUGAAGAUGAAAUUUCCUUUCUCCUCCUCAUGUAAUAAAAAUAAGAAAGUUGUAAUUCUGUUUCUCAUGGCUUUUGUCAUCUUGAAACAUCUGCUGCAGCAUGUUAAGGGGUUUGACAGACGACUCCUGUUACCUCCCAACCCAAGAUUACAUGAUCCAACAAGAGCUACUGAAGCAAAAGUCAAUGAAAUAUUGCAAGCGCUAAAAAGACACAUACCUACAGUAACUCACACUCAACUGGAACUCACCAGCAGUGGCGCACACAGCCUGGUCACCUUAAUGAACCCGAAGAAGAAAUACUGUGUGGGAGAGAUCGUCAGUGUCCGAGUGGAAAUGAAUGACUACCAGGGCAAACCCAAGACAUAUGGGGGAGAUUUCAUUCUGGCUCGGAUCCAUUCUCCAGAGCUGAAAGCAGGAGCGUCGGGCGUGCCUGAGGAUUUCAACAACGGGACCUACCGCGUCAACUUCACUUUGUUUUGGCCGGGCAGCGUGAAGGUUUCGGUGCUUCUGAUACAUUCAAGCGAGGUGGUCUCGAUGUUAUCGCGAGCCAAAGAGUAUUGCAAUGACAAAUUUAUUUUCAUAGGCACCUUUCAUAACAGUACGGUAAAGGAGAAUUCUAGAUGCGACAUUCAUCUGAGCACAGAUGAACCCGUCUGCGAAUUCAAGGACGAGGGGAACCAGGAAUCGUUCUUCUGUUUCAAACCUAAAACACUGCCGUGCGAGAGCCUGCGUUACACAAGAUCGAAUAACAGGAAAAGGUCCUGCCUGACGCAAGCUGAGAUUCAGCUUCUGGAGAGGUCUACGGUUGGCGUGACAAUCCAAAAUAAUUUCAAAGACAUUACAGUGGUUACCUGUAAAGAUCGUGUUCCUCAAGCUGCUGGGAAGUGUGAGCUGGGAAUGAGCUCUCCUAUCCCCAGUGGAUUUUUCCAUUUAGACCGUUGGAGUUCUUCCUAUUGCAGAAUGAGCAGCUUCCAAAAUGUGAACGACAUGAACCAGUGCCUUCAGGGGAAACAGGUUUACCUGCGGGGGGACUCGACAAUGCGCCAGUGGGUUGAAUAUUCCACAUACAAACUAAACGACCUGAAGUUUACAAGUAAUACAGCACCCCAGGCACCCAAGCUUGCUAUUGACAAGACGAGAAACAUAACCAUGUUCUGGAAGAUGCACGGAUUCCCUUGCAUUUCAUUUUCACCGUGCUUCAUUGGUGGUGGAUUGUAUAUUGUUUGGGAACUGGACAGACUCGCUGGCGGGGAGAACACUGUUGUAGUUAUCACUGUUGGUCUCCACCUUCGUCCUUUCUCCUUGAGGUUCUACGUUACAAGAAUGAUGAACAUCAAGCAGGCUGUCGCAAGACUUCUUCAGAGAAGCCCUUUGACCAGGGUGUUUAUUAAAUCAGAGAACACCAGAGAACUCCAGUUUGAGACGCUCCGCAUGAGCAACUGGCACGGUUACCUCCAAAACCUGGCUCUGAGGGAAGUGUUUCGGGGGGCGAAAGUGGGGUUCAUUGAUGCUUGGGACAUGACUGUAGCUGCAAACUCAUUUGACGUUCACCCGAACAGGAAUAUUGUUCAUAAUCAAUUUGCUUUGUUUUUGUCCUAUCUAUGUGGUCCAAAUUCUUAAUGGAGAGUGUUUGUGUAAUUGGCGCGUUGACAUAAUUUCCCUGUAGCUUUUGAAAUGGCUACUUUUAAUAUGUAGGUUUGUGCAAGAGGUUUUGGUUCAUAAAAAUAUAAAUAAAGACAUGAAA